CACACACACACACACACACACACGGGACACGCCGCGGCAAAGCGAGAGAGAAGGGGCAAGGCGAAGCGGCGGUCUCGUCCACCUCCACCACCACCACCGGCGAGCGAUGUCGGCCGCGGGGAAGGCGAAGGUGAGCGGCGGCAAGCGGGGCGGGGCCAAGGACCCCGACGAGGCGCCCCGGUCCGACAAGAGGCGGCGCGACAUGGAUGACUCCGACCCCGAGCUCGAGCUCGACAGCGACUUCAAGCAGAUCGUGACGAUGCUGCGCCACAUCAAGGACAAGGCUCACAAGGACGGCCAGAAGAAGACCGAGCAGGCCAUCUCCAGCGUUGCAACAGAGAUUCAAUCUAUGGUACAGGACACCAAGACAAAGUUUGAGAAGGAAAGCAGGCAGAAUGUUCUUAAAGCUGUAACGAAGGCUUCCAAAGAGUGUGAAGGUUCAUUGAAGACCGAGUACACCAAGUUUCAAGCCACUCAUGACAAGUUCUCCAAAGACAAGGCUGCACACGUACAGAAUUUCAGAGAUCUUUUCUCAAAGUUUGAAGUUGAAAAGGAGAAACUGAUAGUUCAGUAUGAACUGCAAAGGAAGAAGGAAAAGACUACUCUUGCUGAUCUUGAGAAAACAGUUUCGGAGAAGAUAACAGAUGCAGAAGAAUCUCUGAAGAAGUUGAAGCAGGGUGACAAAUCCAUCAUCAAGCUUCGCAAGUCCUUUGCCUCGUUCCUGAGCCCCGACGAUGAGGAGGACUGAUCCGGCUCUUGCCAGAUGGCCCGUCUUUCAGAUCGACGUGGAUAGUACAUGGUUUUGAAGAACAGGGAUGAUGCACAGGGGAAAGAGAGACAGUAGGUUCUGUAGCGUUUCGGUAGCUUCACCCGCACGGCUCAUACAUACGGUUUUGGUGCUCUGAUGUCCGUCUUUCAGGUAGACGCGAUAGUGGUAUAUGAUUCUGAAGAACAGAGAUGACGCGCGUAGGUUCCAUAGGAUUUCGAAUAGCUUCUUCACCCGCACGGCUCAUGCGGUUUCGGUGUUCCAAUGCACGAUCAAAACCUAACUUUUCCUGCUCUUUGAUUUAUAACCUAGCACCCGGGUUGCUUUCUUGCACUCACAGCAGCCAUUGCUAAGCUCCUGCCCGACCUCUGCUUAUGUUUUCAAGCAUGUAAAUUCUCUAGCAGCCUUCCCCAUGCCUGGACCAACAAGAUUGAGUAAGAAACAUAUAGUAGUACUACAUAUACAUAAUAUCGAGCAAUUGUAUUAUCUUGGCAUGUAUGUUGUCAACGAAAAAUAGAAAAGUUUACAUCUA